AAGAGAACGGUCGCGCAGGCGUGAUACCGUGAUAGCUAUAGCGCGCAUUCCAUUUACGAAGCACGUUACGUGCGCGCGCACGAAUACGGCGCAAUACUUUGUUUACAAACAAACAUCUACUAUUUAGUUCCAUGAUUGUUGUGAUCAUAUAAAAGGCACCACAACUAGCAGAACAGAAGAGCAAUAUGUCUGAUAUAUUGGAAACGAUGGACUUUGAGAGAGAAUAUUCCCCCAGUAUGUGGUCGGAACGAUUCCCUACCGCUCAGGAGGUGCUCCGGCAUCAUGUACGGCGAGUAACUGAAGCUAGUGAGACUGCUACAAACCAAAUUCCACAUAAGUUGGAAAUUGAAUAUGGACCUACAUCGGGACAGAAGUUAGAUAUUCUUGGUAUAAAUCUUCCAGAUGACUCACCAAUACUCGUGUACGUACACGGAGGCUAUUGGCAGGAGUUAUCACGAGAAGUGUCAAGAUAUCCAGCUCUACCGUUGUACCAGGCUAAGAUCAAAACAGUCGUAGUGGGCUACGAUCUCUGUCCUAUGGCAACACUCGCAGAAAUUGUCAAUCAAAUAAAAUCAGCGGCCAGAUUCGUGUUUGAAUAUGCUGAAAAAAUGGGUAGCAGAGGAGUGUACUUCGCUGGCCAUUCGGCGGGUGCUCAUCUCGUAGCGAAGCUUCUAUCAAACGCAGACUUUCUCGAGAGUACAGUGGGAUCCUCUCGUCUUCAAGCAGCAUUCCUAAUAUCUGGUAUAUAUGAUCUUCGGGAGGUAAUCCACACGUCUGUCAAUGACGCAAUCCAGCUGCCGGACGAAUGGGCCAUCCCGAUGUCACCCCAGUUCGACUGUUACACGCAUCUACAAAGAAGAAGAACGCGCAUUUAUAUUUUAGCUGGUCAAAACGAUAGCCCCACAUUCAAAAGACAGUCUAGAGAGUUUUAUGAAGUAUUGCACAAUACUUGUCUAAUGCAAAAUAUGUAUUUAGAGAUAAAGGAUGAUAUGGAUCAUUUCGACAUUGUGGAAUGUUUUGCCAAUGACAAUAAUUUUCUGAAGAAUUUGCUAGUUCAUGAUAUACGGAAACAUUUGUGAAUUUGUUUAAAAUUAUAUAAUUUCCUCUCGUAUGUUUCAAUGAAUAAAAUCGUUAGAAGUUAAAUACAUAAAUAGGUAGGUAUUACCUACCUAUAUAUGUAUUUAACUUAACUUAAUUUACGUGUAGAUGCGCUAGAUGAGUUUUAAUUAACAUCAUUUUAAGUCCAUUUUUAACUAAUGCCUAAAUAUAUUAAUAUUAUAUAUCGUGACACAAAUUAAAAUCGCUCGCUAUUUUCUAGUGGAACUGUUUUGACUUGGGGCAACACAUAUUUACAUAUGAAAUUUAUUCUAUUACAAAUUGGGCGAGCAAUAUUAUUUUAAUGCCUCAGGACAUAAUUGAUAUAAUAUAUAAUUUGCAGUGUAAAUUUGAUUUGAAAACAUAUAUGUUCUAACUGUAAUGUGCAUGAUAUUAAAAUAAGUGAUAUAAUUUUAUAACAUUAUCUACUACCUAUCAAGUUGUAGUAUUAAUUUUAAACUUCAGUGUAUCAGAACAACUAUACGAUUAAAUCCAAUAAAUAGUCCCGUCCGUAGUGUAAUUAAAUUACCAAUAGGUUUAUAUGUAUAUUGAUGAUUUGUUUUGUGUAUUUUAGAUAUUAUUUAUAUGCUUGUUAGAUAAAGAGUUAAAAUACUUUGUUUUUUAAACUUAUACGAUUAUUUUUCUGGCUCGUAGUCGCGAACUAUAUAAUAUUCUUUUAUCUGUUCGAAUAUACUUUAAAAUUUUAAUUUUUUAUUAUAUUAUGGAAUAUAUAGUUAUAAAUAAUUAAAAUUAGCGUAUUGUAAACUUAAAUUUAAUGUGUUAAAUUCAAAAGACUGAUAUUAUGUAUUUGCGGUAGUAAAAUGACGAUCAUGAAGAAUGCUUUAUGUAGAAGUGCAUUUCUAUAAUAAAUAUUAGAAUGUUAUAACCAAAAUAUACUUUUAUUUUGAAUAAUCUUUCAAAAUAAUUUAACAGACGUUGAUUAACAGAUGUGAUUUUUAAACUACAAUACAAUCAUUUAUGAAAUCGAGUAAUACAGUUUGUUUUAGCCUAGGUGUUUGUCUU